AUACUGGACUAUGACAGAUAUUACACCAGUAUUUAACUAAAUGAACAUAUAUCUUCAACUGUUGAGUAAAUAGUAUUAUUGACCAAAGUUGCCUUUGCCUGUUUUUAUUUUGAGCGACGACAUUUGGUUGACAAGACCAAACCAAAACACAAAUAAAAAUCUUAUAACCUAACUAAACUUGUAUUAAAUGUUUCCACUGUGAUACAUAUUAAUCGAAUUCCUACAUUAGGUUCCUAUUUAUUAAGUUUCCAUUUUUUCAAGAAAAGGUUAUCUGGAAGUCUCAAUUAUCUAUCAACAAAUGAAUUUAAAUCGCAGCAUUUAUUGAAUUUUCAAUCAUUACAAUGAAAUUAGUGCAGCAAGUUAGGUACUUAUCAAAAUUUCAGUCCCAAAGGCGUGUUGUAAUUUCCGGUUUAGGAGUCGUUUCUCCUAUUGGUACUGGAACCAAUUUGGUUUGGGACAAUCUAUUGAAAGGACAUUGUGGUAUUGUUGGUCUACAGGAUGAAGGUUACAAAAAACUACCUUGUAGAAUAGCUGGGUUGAUUUCAAAACAGGAUGAAAAUAUCCAAAAAACAUUGUCAAAGGCUAAUUUAAAAUCAAUGGCACCAGCUACAUGUCUGGCACUUGUAGCUACAGCAGAAGCGUUAGAUGAUUCUCAAUGGUUUCCUGAAACAGAUAGUGAGAAAGAAUUUACAGGAGUAGCAUUAGGAAUGGGUAUGAUAGAUCUGAAGGAUGUUUGUGAUACAAAUGAGGCAUUAAAAAUAGGAUACAAUAAAGUAAGCCCUUUUUUUGUUCCAAGAAUCUUACCAAAUAUGGCAGCUGGUCAAAUAAGUAUAAAAUAUGGUUUUCGUGGGCCGAAUCAUUCUGUGUCUACAGCUUGUGCCACUGGCGCACAUUCAAUAGGAGAUGCAUAUAGGUUCAUUAAAUAUGGUGAUGCUGAUGUUAUGGUGUGUGGUGGAGCUGAAUCCUGCAUAAGUCCUUUGGCCAUUGCUGGUUUUUGUCGUUUGCGGGCACUAAGCACAUCAUUCAAUGAUGAACCCGAAAAAGCUUCUAGGCCUUUUGACCAAAAGCGUGAUGGUUUCGUCAUGGGAGAAGGAGCAGCAGUGUUAGUCUUGGAAGAGUAUGAGCAUGCAUUAAAAAGAAAUGCUAAAAUAUAUGCUGAAAUUUUAGGUUAUGGAUUGUCUGGUGAUGGAUCACAUAUAACAGCCCCCAGAGAGGAUGGAAGUGGUGCAAUGUUAUCAAUGGGCAGAGCACUGCAAGAUGCUAAUAUUACAAAAAAUGAAAUCACCUAUGUUAAUGCACAUGCCACAUCCACACCAAUUGGUGAUGGCAUUGAAUCAACAGCUAUAAAGAAACUUUUUGGUGAACACAGUUCUAAAAUAUCUAUAUCUUCUACUAAAGGAGCUCAUGGGCAUCUUCUCGGAGCCGCUGGGAAUUUAGAGGCUGUAUUUACUAUCUUGGCUUGUUAUCAUGGUGUUAUACCGCCAACAUUGAACUUAGAAAACCCUGUUGAUGAAUUGCACUAUGUUGCAAAAGCACCUGAAAAAUGGAUCACAGAAAGAAGAGUUGCACUAAAAAAUUCAUUUGGAUUUGGUGGCACCAAUGCUACUCUUUGUAUUGCACAAAUAUGAAUGUUUCUUGAAUAAUAAAAGAACUUGUUCAGAGGUAUAAUAUAUUAAAACUGUGUUACAAACUUUACUGCAGUAAUCCCGACAAUGAGGACAACUGAAGACCUUUUGAUCGUGAUUUGAAGCUACAUAACAAAGAGCUAAAAUAAAUUCAAUGUUCAUUAUGUAAUCACAUAAAGAAUUGAAAAUUAUAUAAUUUGAUUAAAAAUGCUACUAUAUUUCAAUAAAAAGCAUUCUAAGGUUUUUAAUUGUAAACAUUUGUUAAAUGCUGGUUGAUCCAGUCGAUUAAUAUCAUAAAUUCAUUCAAACAUGCACUUGUUUCUAUGAAGACUAAUUUUUACUUUCCCGUCUAGAUGACUUGCAUAGAGCCUAGCGUUGUACCUUCUAUAAGCACCAAUGUUUUUAUCAAAUGUAAACAAAACCAGAUUCUGCUAAUCUCAUCAUUAGCAUAAUCUAUAACAUUUAACAUGAUUUCCUUUGAUUAUAAUUUCAGAAUAAAUAUAAUUAAACAGUGUCUUAUGUGAUAAAUUAUAAAAAUAUUAUAAAAUA